AUGCUUGGCCAAUUAUUAAUCAGAAUUACGGUCAACACUUUUUUGUUCUGGGGUGGUGCAAAAGAAGAAAAGAAAGAUCUCGGCAAAGUAAUCAGUACCAAUCCUGGAACAGUAAUCGGUAUCGAUCUUGGAACAACCUAUUCAUGUGUGGCUGUUUUCAAACAUUGUCAUGUUGAAAUUAUUGAAAACAAUCAAGGCAAUCGAAUAACACCCUCAUAUGUUACCUUUACAUCCAAUGGUGAACGAUUAAUCGGUGACCCUGCCAAAAAUUUACUUACAUCGAAUCCUCAAAUUUUCAGAAAGGAUGACAAACCGGUUGUGAAAGUAAAAACAGGCUUUGGUGAAAAAUUGUUUACACCUGAAGAGAUUUCGGCAAUGAUACUUGGCAAAAUGCAUGCUGGUACUAUCGCGGGUUUGAAUGUUAUACGAAUUAUCAACGAACCGACAGCAGCAGCCAUUGCUUAUGGUUUAGAUAGGUUGAGGAAAGAAAGGGGCUUCAAGACUGUUCUUGUGUUUGAUUUGGGUGGUGGGACAUUUGAUGUUUCGCUUUUAGCAUUUGAAGAUGGUGUAUUCCAAGUACUCGGCAAUACACAUCUGGGCAGUGAAGAUUUCGAUCUACGUAUUAUGGAACAUUUUAUCAGAUUGUUCAAAGAGAAACUAGGCAGAGAUGUACGAGAAGAUACUCGUGCUGUACAAAAACUUCGUCGUGAAGUUGAAAAAGACAAACGAACGUUGUCAUCACAAACUGAAAUAAGAAUUGAAAUUGAGUCAUUUUUUCACAACGAAUAUUUUUUUAAUGAAAAAUUGACACGUGCCAAAUUUGAAGACCUCAAUAUGGAUCUAUUCCGUUCGACAUUGAAACCUGUAGAAAAAGUCCUGGAAUAUGGAGAUUUGAAGAAAUCUGAUAUUGACGAAAUAAUUCUUGUCGAACCAUCACGUAAUAUCAACCCGGAUGAAGCUGUCACCUAUGGUGCGGCUAUACAAGGAGGAGUCCUAUCGGGCGAAGAGAGCACUCAAGAUAUUGCCGUGUUGGAUAUCAGUCCAUUGACAAUGGGCAUUCAGACAAAGGGUGGUGUUAUGUCGAAUAUUAUUCCACGAAAUACUGUCAUUCCAGCCAAGAAGAUGCGAAGUUUUACAACCACGACCGACAGUCAAGAUACAGUUGACAUUCAAGUGUUUGAAGGUGAACGAUCGAUGGCGAAAGACAACCAUUUUUUAGGAAGAACAAAAGAUGUUUGUCGUCAGGGAAUUGCUCACGCUCGUGGUGAUAUGGUUGAUUACAAUCCACAGUGUGGUGAUGAACAAGAAAGGGAAAAAUCCAUAUAG